AUGGAUGAAAAUAAAAUUUUAAUAGGAGUCGUCUUUAUUCUUUGUACUAGAUUUGCGGUCGAGGCACAAUCGAAUCCAGUAUCUCGUUGUUUUCAAUUCACGUGGCUCGGGCCAAGGUAUAACAAUGAGAGCGUGUUCCUGAACGCUACCUGCCAAGAGGCCACUCGAAUGGCGAACGGCGUCCCCUGUGCACAACCCCUUGUUGUAUCCUACGACGGGACUUGGCCAGACGUGGAAUAUAUUUGGACACACCAUUCACAAAAUGCUUCUUGCAUAUUGGGACAAAAUGACGUCUGUGCCCAAUACACAUACUACUUUGAUGGACACGUGGAAAACUCAACUUAUAUGUGCACCCGAGCAAUGAAUUCGUUCGGGGAGGCGGUCACCAGCGGCUGUUACCAGCAGAGAAAUGGCAGUUUUGUCACUCGAGUGUGCUUCUGCCGCUCAGUGGCGGGCGGCGUGCCUUGUAACGAGGCAGUGGCGACGUCGGCAGUGCCACUAACGAUCUUUAUUUUCGUCAUAGCCUUGUUAGUAAACGAAAAUGCACCCACUGCA